AGCUGGCCCCGUAUAUAACAUCUUCACACAUGCAAUCUCCGCCUGUGUUCCAAUUAUUAUUUACUGCCCAAAGUCGAGGACACAGGAGAUCCCAGAUUGUAGACUCCUGAGCUUUCAGACUCAGAGACCAGCAGGACUCCAGGCACUUACGUGACUCCUCCCUCGGCCUCCUCUAGCCCACUCUCCAGGAUUUCGUUUUAUCCAACGCUACUCACUGCUGCUCAACAAACCCCAGAAUCACAGCCUCCAGAUUUUGCACAGUUCUGAGAGCCUCGGAGUUAGUCCAAGCAUGGCAAUGAAGUACGAAGACCUCCAGACCUUGGAGAGUGAGGAGAAAAGCCAGGGGCUUAAAAAUGGGCUGCCUGCGCCCCAGGUCCUCCUGCAGCAUCUCUGCUCUGGACCCCGCCCCCUCCUGCUCUCCCUGGGCCUCAGCCUCCUCCUGCUGGUUGGCAUCUGUGUGAUCGGAUCCAAAAGUUCCAAGAUUCAGAGGGACCUGGAGACUCUGAGAGCAACUUGCAGCAACGUCACUUCGCACACUGUGGCGGAGGUCCAGGCACUGCACGCCCAGGGUGGCCGUUUGCGAGAAACGAUAACAUCCCUGCAAGCGGAGGUGGAAAAGCAGGGGCAGCAGCUGCAGGCAGCCCGCAGCUUGAAUGACACGGUGUUCUCCCUGGAGAGCCAGCUGGAGAAAGGGCAGCAGGAACUCAAAGCAGGUUAUUCUGACAUGGUCCUGCGAGUCCAGGAGGUGGUUAAAGACCUGAACUCCCUGAUUUGCCAGGUGGCCUCACUCAAGAACAAUGGCUCCCAGAAGACCUGCUGCCCCGUCAACUGGCUGGAGCAUGAAGGCAGCUGCUAUUGGUUCUCUCGUACUGGGAAGCCCUGGCCCGAAGCUGAGAGGUACUGCCAGCUGCAGAACGCGCACCUGGUGGUGGUCGGCUCCUGGGAGGAACAGAAUUUUGUCCAGAAACAUCUAGGCUCCUUCUACACCUGGAUGGGCCUCAGUGAUCCUGAAGGCACCUGGAAGUGGGUGGAUGGGACAGACUAUGAGACCAACUUCAAGAACUGGAAGCCAGGCCAGCCAGACGACUGGCAAGGGCACGGGCUGGGUGGCGGUGAGGACUGUGCCCACUUCCACCCUGAUGGCAGAUGGAAUGAUGACGUCUGCCAGAGGCCCUACCACUGGAUCUGUGAGGCCAGCCUGGGCGAGCCCAGAUAGGAGAGUCUUAGAGCUGCUUCCUGUGGACCCCUCAGCCAUGGAAGCGGCAGGGGUAGGGGAGAGGGAUUCUUCCAAGACACUGCCAACAAGCCCUCUGAGGGAGAGGAAUAAGUCCCAGGAGAUCGGAGCACUGCCAUCUUGUUGAAAUUUUUCUCCUCAAUUUUCAAAAGACUGUAUAGAGCUCCUAAGGUGUUUUUUAAAAUUAAA